AUGGAUGUAACGAGCGGAGGAGAAUCAUCCGUUUGGAUUAGCAGCUUUUCCGUCUACACCGUAACUACAAUUUUGGUUACGCUCGUAGUCCUGGCCGUCGUGAAACGCUACAAUUUCAUGCAGCGAUGCAAUAAAGUGCUGGGAUCGCCAACGGAAAUUCCAUUAUUUGGUGGUGGCUCCAUGAUCUUUGUCCCACCAGAAGAAAUUAUGAACCUUCUUCUACUGUUACACGUUGUCUUUGGUCGGUUAUCUCCUAGCGGAAUCAUACGCGCUUGGAUCGGUCCUUUACCUAUGUUUUUCGCAACAACAGCUGAAGCAGUUGAGGCGGUCCUCAGUAGCAAUAAAAUCAUUACAAAGAGCCGAGAGUACGACUUUCUUCAUCCCUGGUUAAACACUGGCCUAUUGACGAGCACAGGUAGCAAGUGGCAAACCCGCCGUAAAUUGCUGACACCAGCGUUCCAUUUUAAAAUCCUCGAGGACUUUGUUCACGUUUUCAACGAGCAAAGUCUCAUCCUGGUCAACAAGUUGAAUCAAGCAGUGGCCAAAGACAAGGAUCUCAACAUUUUUCCAUUCGUGACGCUGUGUACACUCGACAUUAUUUGCGAAACGGCUAUGGGAAGAAAUGUUGAAGCUCAGAGUAAAACGGAUUCAGCUUAUGUUCAAGCCGUUUACAAUAUGAGUCAGCUUAUUCAACAUCGUCAAGUCCGAUUUUAUCUCUGGUUGGAUUGGAUGUUUAAACUGAGCUCACAUUGGCCAGAGCAACGCAAAACUUUGGGUAUUCUUCAUGGAUUUACCAACAAGGUGAUCCAAGAGCGGAAAGCCGAGCACCAACAGCGAAGCUCUGACAUUGCUGAACCUUCCAAGGCUGUAACGGAGGAUGCGGUCUUUUCUAAACGACGUCUAGCAUUUCUGGAUCUAUUGAUUGAAGUUUCUCAAGGAGGCACCGUGCUAAGUGAUUCUGAUAUCCGCGAAGAGGUGGACACAUUUAUGUUUGAGGGUCAUGACACGACCUCUGCAGCCAUCACUUGGUCUAUUUUCUUAAUUGGAAGUCACCCAGAAGUGCAGGAAAUGGUGAACGAGGAAUUGGAUCGCGUUUUCGGUGAUUCUGACCGGCCCGCUACAAUGGCCGAUUUGAGCGAACUGAAGUACCUAGAAUGCUGCGUCAAGGAAGCUCUUCGACUGUAUCCAAGCGUUCCAAUUAUCAGUCGCACCUGCGUUGAAGAUACUGUGAUAGGAGGCGAUGAAAUUCCGGCAGGGACAUCAGUUUCCAUCUGCUCGUAUUACCUACACCGUGAUCCAAAAUAUUUUCCCGAUCCGGAACUUUAUCAGCCAAAACGUUUUCUAGCCGAGCAUGCAGAAAGACGCCAUCCUUAUUCUUACGUGCCUUUUAGUGCCGGACCACGUAAUUGUAUUGGUCAACGGUUUGCAUUGAUGGAAGAGAAAGCCGUGCUGUCGGCUAUCUUGAGAAACUUCCAUGUCCAAUCACUGGAUAAAAGAGAAGAAAUAAUUUUAUUGGCAGAAUUGAUUCUACGCCCUCGUGAUGGUAUCAGAGUUCGGCUCGAACCGAAAAAGAAGCAAUAAUCGAUUACGACAAAGUUUUUUGUAUAAUGAAAACAUUAGAAGUGAUAUUCUUUAACGAAAAUAUGUGUUUAGUGAUGUUAAACCAUGGGGCUACUGAAAAACAUGUCUGAAUUCAAGAAUAAAGUGCAAAGGACAUACUUGA